AUGGCAACUUCACCCCUCAGAGCCCGGCGGCAGGUCGCCGUUGGUCUACUGCGGGCACUUUCUCUUCGACGCCUCUCGACUCUCAACUAUGCCUCGGACUUUAGUAGAGACCAUAAUGCUGAUGGAAUAAACCCUAGCUUCAUACAUCCUUCAUCUGUCGUUCAUCCUAAUGCGAUGAUAGGUCAGGGAGUUUCAAUUGGCCCCUUUUGCAGUGUGGGCUCUUCAGCAACAUUAGGAAAUAAUUGCAUACUACAUCCUGGAAGUCAUGUUUUUGGAAACACAGAAUUGGGAGAUAAAUGCAUCUUGAUGAGUGGUGCAGUUGUUGGAGAUGACAUUCCUGGCAAAACAAUCAUAGGCUGCAAUAAUCUCAUUGGUCAUCAUGCUGUUGUUGGCCUCAAAUGCCAAGACAUGAAGUAUAAGUCAGGUAAUGAAUGCUUUCUUCAAGUUGGUGAUAAUAAUGAGAUAAGAGAACAUGUUUCCAUCCAUCGAUCUUCAAAGGCUUGUGAUACAACAGUUAUUGGUGAUAACAAUCUUAUCAUGGGAGCUUGUCAUAUUGCCCAUGAUUGCAAAGUGGGUAGCAAUAACAUUUUUGCAAACAAUACACUUUUGGCUGGGCAUGUUUUGGUGGAGGACCAUGCACACACAGCUGGAGCCAUUGUUGUUCAUCAGUUUUGCCAUGUAGGUUCCUUCUGUUUCAUUGGUGGAGGUUCAGUGGUUUCACAAGAUGUCCCCAAGUAUACAAUGGUGGCUGGAGACAGAGCAGAGCUGCGUGGUUUGAAUCUAGAAGGUCUUCGACGAGGUGGCUUCUCAGUUACUGAGAUCAGGAGCCUGAGAGCAGCUUACAGGAAGAUAUUCAUGCCUACUAAUGCAAACAUCGGAGGCAUUGAAGCCCGGAUUGCUGAUGUGGAAUGCGAUGAGGAGUUGUCACUUAUUCCAGCUGUGAUUUCCCUGGUGAAAUCCAUACGUGAUUCUCUUGGUGAAAAUCGGCGUGGAAUUUGCAAAUUCAGAUCUUGGAGUUUUUCCUGAGUGUGUAUGUAUUUGUAUCUCUAUCUGUAUCUCUAUCAUCUUGUGGUGAUAUUUCUUUAUAUGUAUAUAUGUACUGAGUCGAUGUCAUUUUUCUCUUGGAGACAACAUAAGUUGAUCUCUACAAAGAUACAAAUGAGAGAACAUGAGGGUGUGUUUGUUCGUGGAUUUUGAUGUCAUUUGAAAAUGUUUGUUAUGUAUGCAUAUUCCAU